ACUUAAAGAAAAAAGGGUAGAUAGCGUGUUAUUUUAAUUAUUUAUCUGAGAUUAUUAAUUUUGGUAUGUGUUGUAAUGAAAGAUGUUUAGAUUUCAGGUAACUCACUCAAUUUCUCACUCGCAUUCACUCACUCACUCACUCACUCGUUCUCCUUUCCACUUCCAUCCACUCCUCCACUUCUCCUCCCCUCCUGCCGCGUCAGGGUGCAGCGGGAAUGCGAGGAGAAGUCAAUGGAGGUGUCGGGGCUGACGGAGGAGCGGGGGAAGCUGCAGGUGUUGGUGAAGGGGCUGGAGAGAGAGAUGGCAGCCCUGAGACGGGAGGUGAAGUACAGGGACGACAUCAUAAGGGACAGGGAGGGCCAGAUAAGCAAACACGCGCGAGCACGUGGAGGAGCUCGAGAAACAGCGCUUCCUUCUCGAUCACCAAAAUGAGUGUGCUGAAGGAGGAACUGCAGCCCCUCCAGGUGGCCCUCGAGCAGCGCGCCCAGCAGAUCAAGCAGAUGGAGGAUGAGGUGAGCGAGACGCGGCUGGUGGUGGGCGCAAGGGACAGACAGGUGAAGGAGUUGAGUCAGCGGCUGGCGACGGCGGGGCAGCAAGGGAGGCACCUGCAGCAGCGCCACCACUCUCUGGCCACGGCCCUCACCCGCGUGCUGGCCGACCUCGCCUCCGCCACCACCCUGCUUCACCAGCCCAAGAAACUCAAGGAGGCCAUCAAGACGCUGCACGACAAGCACGUCCGCAGCGGGAAGCACAAGGAGUUCUGGACGAGACCCGACCUUGACAAGCUGGCGGCCCCGGGCACUGACCCCACGGCACAGGCUGGCGGCGUGGUGGUGGCGGUGGCGGAGGAGGAGGAGGCGGUGUGCGAGCUACUUCGUCAGCGGGAGAUGCUGGAGAGAUCGGUGGCUACUUUGAGGGCACGAGCUGAGAAACAGGAUCGUGCCCAUAACGAUAAAGUGACGACGUUGGUGAAGGAAAACACGGAACUGCUGGCGCGGGUGCGGGAGCUGGAGGAGAGAGCGUGGCGGCUGGAGGGCGAAGCGAGGCGGGCGGAGAGUCUGGCCGGCCUUAGGGACCCGCGCUCCUGCAGAAGGAAGGCGUCCCGUGACCACCUGGUGCAGACUCUCUCGCGCCAGGCAGACACCAUCGCCCGCCUGCAGCAACAACUGAGGGAGGCACAGACGGGCGACCAGACUGAAGAUACCAAGACUGAGAACCAAAACAACGACAACCCAAACGUGAAACCUGACGAAGGCGGCGAAGAAGGUGAAGGAGAAAAGAAAACGAACGAACCCGAAGGAGACGUAGAAGACAAGGAUACCAAGGAAACUUCUACCAACAUAGACCACCACCACCGCCACCACCAGCACCACUACAACCACCAGCAGGAGGGAGGAUGCGGUGCUGAUUCAGAUGGAUCUCUCAAGCAUCAGCAUAUUGUCCUGCCUCACGGUGACUCCCCCACGCAUGAUCUCAACUCCAUCUCCCCGUGAGGAGGUGAAGGGAGUAAGAAUGAUGGUGCUUCUGUUGUUGUUGAUGUUUGUGGUGCUUCUGUAUAUUUUCGUUUGUGAUUUUCUUUCUUUCUUUUUUUUGUUUUCUUUGGUUGGUUUGUCUUUGUUUGUUUGUGGGUGCGUGUUUGUUUGUUUGUUUGUUGUAGUUGUUGUUGUUGUUGGUGGUGGUGGUGGUGGUGGUGAUGUUGUUGUUGUUGUUGUUACUAUUUCUACAGUUAUACACUAAUAAUGCAGUCACUAUACACCUACUAUGGCAGUUGUGGUUACUACUACUACUACUACUACUACUACUACUACUACUACUACUACUACUACUACUAUUACAACAACAACAACAACAACAACAACAACAAUUAGCCACUCCAGUAAUGUACCGUAUAUUCAAAACGUUAUAUAUUUCUUCUUCAUCAUGACUCUCUCUCUCUCUCUCUCUCU